GCGUGAGCCACCCGCCUAGCAAGAAUUCUUUCUUGAUUAAUCUCAUCCUUUUCUUCCAGGAUGAUUUACAUUCUGGGAGCCCAACGGGGCCACAUUUCACAACACAUGAGUAAAAAGCAUCGGUAAAAAACAUUCAGUGAGCAAAGAGGGUCCAUUUCCUUAUGAGCCUCAACAGCCGCAUGCACAGGCGCCAGUUCCCCUCUGCCCUACCGACUACCUCAUUGUUUUUUCCUACGGAAGGCGCCAAUUUCCCAGAUUCUCAUGGGUCCCGGACACCACCCAUCUCAAAGUCUCCACUCCUAAAGAUGUCCUAGGUCAUACUCGGACCCGAAAAGACCACUGGGCUAGAAAAGAAGGGAGGUAAGAGCGUGGGUAUCCAAUCUCUCUCCAUUUGCUCCUAUUCCCCGCGAACCAGUGAAGGGGUUAGGGGAAGAGAAUAACCACCGAGACCUCGGUCUUUCCUGCUUCCUAGAGCGGCCGGGCAAGCCUCACUUCCGGCAUGUGUCCAGCGGAUCGGUCUGUGCAGCUUGGUCGGGCGGUGAGUCUGACGGACUAGCAGCUCCUGGCACCGGCUUUCCUGUGGACGCCGCGAGCCUACGCUAGUGAAGGCCCACGAGCGACGCGGGAGAGGCAAGAUCGCGGAGCGGGCCUGUUGAGGGACAUGAUGACAUUGUGCUCCGGGGAAGGGCCAGUGGCGCUAGGAGGGCGUCUACGAAGGGUGAGCCUGUGAUGGCAGUCAAGCCCCAGGUGAGCUGGCGUCGGGGAGCAGGUGCUGUCCAGGGCCCCUCUCCUGCAGCCUGGAGCUCUUGCCCAGCAGACCCCUGGUGCUCUAAGAACAGAUUCUUCUUACCCUGUUCCCGCCAACCUUGCUGGCUGCCCGCUCUCACCAGCUGAGCAGGUGCAGGACUUUGAGGGAGAGCCCACAGUUUUGAGGGCUCUGCAUUUCCAUAGUCACCCUUUCCCCAGCCACCCUGUACCCUAGCCCUUUCCCCACACAUGUGCCUAGAAAGCUGGGAGAUGCACACAGAGCCUUUUGCUAGAACUGCACUCUAAGCUUCAAGGUGCACCUGCCACUCAGGGAGGGGUGAGGCUUCUUGGGCUGUGAGUACCUGUGGUUCCCAGGACACUGUGACUUUUGAGGAGGUGGCUGUGUACUUUACUCGGGAGGAGGGGCAGCACCUGAGCCUGCAUCAGAGAGCGCUCUACCAUGAUGUGAUGCUGGAGAACUACCACAACCUGAAGGCUCUGGGUUUUCCAGUGUCCAGACCCAGGGUUAUCUCCCAGCUAGAGAAGGGGGAGAUGCCAUGGGUUGUGGCCCUUCCAGAGCUUCCCCAUUCAGAAUCUCAGGUCAAGACAAAGUACAAACUAUCAAGUCCCAAGGAAAAAUCUUCUGAAGAAGAAUUACAAGGACUAACUCAGGAAAUUUUCCCAAAAGGUAAUCCAGAGACGUUUGAGUUUCAACAAGCUUGUAGGUCUGAGAAAGGAGCAGAACAUUCAUGGAAAAAAUUCACAAUAAAGGCUAGGAGGAAGUUCUUUCCCCAAAAAAGAGGUCUGGGGCAACUGGUCAGCUCCCCGCUUAAUACCAAUACAGAAGAGAAAUACCAACAAUGUAACAAACUGAAGAAAAGCUUUUCUCUGGGCACAAAGCCUGUUGUACCUCCAAGGGACAGGCCAGGUGAGAAAGCCAGUGGGUUGAGGUUGAGUGACCAAGGCUUUCCAUGUCAGGCAGGCCUCAGUGGACCCCAGACAGGUCCCAGUAGGUCGAAGACCCAGGGAUGUUAUGUGUGUGGGAAGUCUUUCAGCAAGAACUCCCACCUGAUUCGACAUCAGAAAAUUCAUAGUAGAGAGAAGCCCUAUGUAUGUAUGGAAUGUGGGAAAAAAUUUAAUCACAACUCACUCCUUUUACAACAUGAGAAAGUUCACCGUGGAGAGAAACCCUAUGUGUGCAAUGAAUGUGGCAAGGGCUUUAGGGAGACAUCAAAGCUUGCUAAACAUCAAAGAAUUCACACUGGAGAAAAACCAUAUAGGUGUAAUGAGUGUGGCAAAGCCUUUAGUGGGAAUUCAAAUCUUACUAAACACCAAUUGAUACAUACUGGAGAGAAGCCCUAUAAUUGUCAUGAGUGUGGAAGAGCCUUUAAUCAGAAAGCAAAUCUCAUUAAACAUCAGAGAAUUCAUACAGGAGAGAAACCUUUUGAAUGCAAAGAGUGUGGGAAAAGCUUCAGUCAGCCAUCACAUUUGAUUCACCAUCAAAGGAUGCAUUCUGGAGAGAAGCCCUACAAAUGCAAUGAGUGUGGAAAAGGCUUCAGUCAAACAUCACACCUGGUUGAUCAUCAAAGAAUACACACUGGAGAGAAACCUUAUGUGUGCACCGUGUGCAAGAGAGGCUUUAUUCAGAUGUCACACUUGAUUCACCACCACAGAACACAUUCUGGAGAGAAGCCCCAUGAAUGUAGUGAAUGUGGGAAAUGCUUCAGCCAGAGCUCAACUCUUAUUAGACAUCAGGUUAUCCACACUAUGGAGAGUGCAUAUGAGUUAAAUGAACGUGGGCAGGCUUUCAGUGUGAGCUAGCCUUUCAGUCACCAUCUCACAAAUACUACUGGAGAGGGACUCUUCAAUUCAUACAGGAGGGGAAAGCAUCCAAGAAUGCAACAAAAACCUUUCGUUGUGACUCAUACAAUGUCAGAGAGUUCCUACUAGAGAGGACACCUGUGGAUGUAGUCAAUGUUGGAAAAGCUCUUAGUGGGGACACACAUUAUUCACAAUGAGAUGAUUCAUAUGGGAUGUAAUGGAUAUAAAGAAGGCUUUGGGCUGGGAGCGGUGGCUCAUGCCUGUAAUCCUAGCACUCUCAGAGGCAGAGACCUGUGGAUCGUUUCAGCUCAGGAG